UUUCAAACUGCUUUUCCAAACGACCGCUAAGUAGUCUACAGGUACCCUUGUAGUAGGAAGCAACUAGUCUGUAAUCAAAGAGAUCAUCCAAAAUUGGGGUAAUAGGGAAAAUGGCAUCGGGUUUGGUAUUACCACGGCCGGUGACCUUCGUGACCGGCAACGCCAAGAAGCUCGAAGAAGUUCGUGCUAUCUUGGGAAACUCCAUUCCUUUCCAGUCCCUCAAGCUUGACUUGCCAGAAUUGCAAGGCGAGCCUGAAGAUAUCUCCAAAGAGAAGGCUCGCUUGGCUGCCAUUCAGGUGAAUGGACCAGUUCUUGUUGAAGACACUUGCCUCUGUUUCAAUGCCCUAAAGGGUCUACCUGGGCCAUACAUCAAGUGGUUCCUGCAGAAGAUUGGUCAUGAAGGUCUGAACAAUCUCUUGAUGGCAUACGAGGAUAAAUCAGGUUAUGCUUUGUGUGCAUUUUCGUUUGCUCUUGGGCCCAAUGCUGAACCCAUUACAUUCCUGGGGAGAACUCCGGGGAAGAUAGUUCCUCCCAGGGGACCUAAUGAUUUCGGGUGGGAUCCCAUUUUCCAACCUGAUGGCUAUGAGCAAACUUAUGCAGAGAUGCCAAAGGAAGAGAAGAACAACAUUUCUCACCGAUCAAAGGCACUUACUCUGGUGAAAUCUCAUUUCACAGAAGUUGGAUACACUUUCCGGAUCAAUCCCUCUGUCUGAGCAAGCUACAUAUUUUUUCUUGUAGCCAUUGCAUGAUGUAACUUUUGUGAAAACUAGCUAUUCACUUAGCAUUAGCUCUUCAAUUCUAAAUGCUCCCUUGGGGAAUGGAGAAGGGAAAGAAAGGAAAUUUACUGCUAUCUAGUUGCACUAUGAAUUUAGUGGACAGCAGAGAGUAGCUUUCUUGAACGAGGGAGAAAAAGUUUGUGGUGGACAUUAUCAAACUGAGGCUAUUUAUGAGGACAAGCAAAAUAAAUUAACUAAUAGAGCAAACGAUUCCCUUUCACUUGAA